UAAACACGACUUACGAGGGUUAUAGCGUGAUACUUUGAUUGGACCGGGGUUAUCGUAUUCUCGUACGACGAAAGGGGGGAAAAUGGAACGCAUAUAAAAGGAAUAUCAGUAGUGUUGUGUGAUUGUUAUAUCUGACGGUAGUGAUACUGAUUUCUGACUUUGUAUACUACAAGAAUGGACACAAUGACCAGAGCUAUUAUAUUAGCAGCUGUACUGUGUAGCGCUACAGCUGAUGUAAUUACAUUCAAAGACUGCGGAUCUGUAACCGGAACCGUAAACCAGGUCGAAUUCACUCCGUGUCCUUCAGAACCCUGUCAAGUAAAGAAGGGAGACAACGCUACUCUAAAAGUAGAAUUGACACCAAAGGUGGACUCGACGAAAUAUACAUCUGUGCUUCACGGAAUCAUCGGAGGGGUACCUGUACCAUUUCCGCUUCAGAAUGGACUCGUAUCCGGUCCAAUAUCUAUAAACACUAAAAUAACCUACUCAAAUUUUCUGAUGGUUCUGCCUUCUUAUCCAAAGGUCUCGCUCCUCGCCAAACUUGAAAUCCGAGACGACAAUGACAAAGACCUCGUGUGUUUUGUUUGGCCUAUCCAGAUUGUGGAUUAGUGAUUUUUGCGGAUUAGUGGUUUCUGUGGAUUAGAGGUUUGACUACGCAAUGCAUUGCUCAUACUGUGUACUGCUGAUUUGAAUGCUGAUGAACCAAUAUGUUGUCCCGCUGGAUCUAGGGACUGAAGGUUCUGGUUUGCUUCUAAAAUGCACUUCACAUUGUACAUUCUAAAAGAAAUAAAUCAUCUUUGUUAUUUAUUUGCA